AAACGUUUGCUGAACAGAAACUGUCAAGUUAUCUAAGCUUGUACUAAAAUAUCUGCUUUAUCGAUAAUGAUGCACGCACGUGGUUGUGUAGAGAGAAAAGUCACAAGAGCGUUCGACUAGGCGGAGCCUACUGGGACUGAGAAGAUUUGACUCAAGAGAUAUCCUUUUCAUACAGUUGGGAGUUCGCGCAUUGGGAAUUAGUACAGCAAUAACGAGUUAGCAGCAGCUAGAAUGAGAAGGUUAGCAGGAUGCACACAGGGAUUGUAAAUCUGACAGUACUCUCUCUGGUCAUGUAUCCGGUGUGUAUACGCACACAUUUAUAGGUCCCGUGCUAUGAUCAGUAGGGACACACGUGUACUCUCGAGUGGAAGAGCGAGUCAGAGGGCAGGUACCAUCCUACUCUGACACUCUAACGGUGGUAGACAGAUGAAUGGGAAAACUCAAAAGUUAACGUCAACCGGGGGUUGUGUGCCGUUGCUCGGGCAUGCUGCUACUGGUUCUGUUCGCUCCGGAUAUGUAUGUAUGUCAGAGAACAGACAUCGCGCGUUCGGGUCGCACUAGCAACAGUAGCAGCGGUACCAGUGUAAAACUCCGAUCGUAACUUUCCGUUGCCGAUUUCAGUUGGGGUUUAGCAGUCACACGGGACGAACGUUUACACUCUCUGGAGAUCUGCUCGGAACAGGAGGGAAACCGUUUUGUAGAAAUCGGACACUUGAGACCAACACCUGUUCAUUGCCUUUGGCGCAAAUAAUAAAGUACAUGUGCUAAAGUGUGUGGUGACAUCUGCCGACCGUUUAGAAACAAGUGAUUUGUGUGAUUCGGAAAAUCAUCUUCGAUCUCCGACAAGGGAGUCGAAAGUGGCAUUAGAUUUGAAUUCGUGAAGAUUGUUGAAAAAUUAUAUUACUAUUGGUUUACAUUUUGAACAGUAUUCAAUUAUUAGUACACCUGAAAACGUUUGUGUUGGUGUCGUGCAGGAGAUUCAGAAACUUCACAUUCAGGUCCUGAGGAACCUGGGUGUUACUUUUUUCUGUACAAAUCGAGCAAAAUAGUCGUCACAGUGUACGACAACGGACUUAAGCUGCGUUCGGACGAGACAGUGCCGGGCUUUAGCUCGGCAUCGCCAUGGCCAACGCUCGAGCUCGAAUGGGGUCGUAAAUUGUACCCGUCAUCGGUUCCUCGUGGGGCAGGUGGAAUGAUGUUCGGAUUACCACCAACCGGUGCCGAUAUGAACCAACCCCGUGGACCAAUGACCUCACUGAAGGAGGAACCUCUCGGAGCUCGAGCAUGGAUGCAACCCGCCGUCGAUCAGGCAAACUUAGGAAUUGGACGAGCUCACUUCGAGAAGCAACCGCCCAGUAAUCUGAGGAAAUCCAACUUUUUCCAUUUUGUUGUAGCAUUGUAUGAUCGGGCAGGACAGCCGAUCGAAAUCGAGCGGACGGCGUUCAUAGGGUUCAUCGAAAAAGACCAGGAAUCUGAUAGCCAAAAAACAAACAAUGGUAUUCAAUAUCGUCUGCAGCUAUUGUACGCAAAUGGUGCUCGCCAGGAGCAGGAUAUUUUUGUGCGACUCAUCGAUUCGGUUACGAAGCAGGCUAUCGUCUACGAGGGUCAGGACAAGAAUCCAGAAAUGUGUAGGGUGCUACUAACACACGAAGUUAUGUGCAGUCGGUGCUGUGACAAGAAGAGCUGUGGCAAUCGCAACGAAACACCAUCAGAUCCUGUGAUUAUAGACCGAUUUUUCCUCAAAUUUUUCCUCAAGUGCAACCAGAACUGUUUAAAGAAUGCCGGCAAUCCGCGUGACAUGCGACGAUUUCAAGUAGUGAUAGCGACCCAGGUCGCCGUAGACGGACCACUUCUGGCGAUAUCCGACAACAUGUUCGUGCAUAACAACAGCAAACACGGGCGCCGAGCGAAACGGCUCGACCCCGAAGGUACGGGAGGUUCUCCAUUGGCAAUUUCGGGCCAUCCACUGGCACCGGACAGUACGUACGACGGAAUCUAUCCGCCGCUGCCUAUGGCAACCCCCUGCAUCAAGGCUAUAUCACCCAGUGAAGGCUGGACGACUGGAGGCGCGCAGGUAAUCAUCGUGGGCGAUAACUUCUUCGACGGACUACAGGUGGUUUUCGGCACAAUGCUAGUGUGGAGUGAGUUGAUAACAUCGCAUGCGAUUCGGGUGCAGACUCCUCCUCGUCACAUUCCAGGAGUAGUGGAAGUUACGUUAUCCUACAAGAGUAAGCAAUUUUGUAAGGGGUCUCCAGGACGAUUCGUCUAUGUCUCUUUAAGUGAACCUACCAUCGAUUAUGGUUUCCAGCGGUUACAGAAAUUAAUUCCUAGGCAUCCUGGUGAUCCUGAUAAACUACCCAAAGAGAUAAUCUUGAAGCGAGCGGCAGACUUAGCGGAAGCACUGUACUCAAUGCCACGGUCACCAAAUGGCUCUUCGGGUUUUAACUCCUACACUGGUCAGCUAGCGGUCAGUGUCCAAGACGGCACCGGACAAUGGGCAGAAGCUGAUGAGUACACCCGAGCACAAAGUAGUAGUGUUAGUCCCCGGGGAGGUUACUGCAGUAGUGCCUCCACACCACACUCCUCCGGAGGCGGGUCCUAUGGAAGCAGUAAUGGAUAUGCGACUGCUUCUAACAUGAGUGGACUGACGUCUUCAACGGCGAGUGUUUUCAACUCAUCGUCGAGAAUCAACGGACUGAUGAGUGGUGGUAGUGGAUUUAGUCCCUAUUCGAUGACCACGUGCGGAUCCCAAGGCUACACACCAAGUCCGCUAGCUGUAUCCACAACUUCGUCGAAAUAAUACGAAAAAAUUAGCGUUAUUUGUUAAUCAGUUUUAUGUUUCUUUUAAACAUUGUUUUGUAUAUUAUCCGCAUUUAAAGUACAAUAUUUUACUUUGGUUGUUCUUGGAUUCAUAUUUAUUACACAUUUUCUGUUUUUGUUAUAGGUGCAAUAAGAAAUUUACUGUACUGUGAACCUGUAUAUUUGUAAAAAAGAAAGUUAUUUAAAUAUUGAAGCGUAUCAAGUAUCUUUGAUAGUAAAAAUUUUACCAACAUAAGCUCCUAACACAAUGAAUCAACGAAAUAAGAUAAACAGUAAAUGAAACAUAUCCAGAUACAAAAAAUAAAACGAACAUUUCAUCAAUCAUAUCUACAUGUGUCAGUAACAAAAUAAAAACAACCAUAAAGCAAAAAAGAACAUCAAAACCAAAACUAGUUCUAAACUUCUAUUGCAAUCGAAAGCUCUGUCUAAGCAGAAGACGCAAAAUUUGUAUACGAAACGGUAACAAAGUACAGAAGCCAAAAGCACCAUCGCUACUUUCGCAGUUCUAACAUACAGCCGUACUUUCAUGCUUUUUCCACAGUCAAGUGUUUUUGUUGGGAAUUAUUCAAUGGCACUAGCCGCUUGUAAACAUACCAUUUUAUAGAUGUACUCAGUGUAAUCUGAUUUUGCUACUUUAUAAUUGUAUUAAUUCAGUUUUUAAUUUAAUUUAUAGUUCAUAAUUCAUAUUACAUACAAUCAUUUUCAAGCAAAAACAAUUCCUUUUCAUUCAUUAUACCGCGAUGCCGCACUUGAAUUUAUUUACCAACAUUACAGCGAUACCCUACAAACAUGUGCUCGUAUGAAUUUAGGCGAAAUUGUGAAGAACAGUAGUACGCACGUGUGACAGUGCUUUCCCUGUGAAAGGUUUAUCUAAACUCAUCUUUUGUUGUAUAAACUUGCUUGAACAGAUCUUGUACAACACUGCUAUUCUGUAAUAUUAUAUUUCCUUCCCCCUGACACGAGCGAAUCGAUCUCAGCAUAGCUAAUUACAUAAAAAAAAUUAUUUCACAUUGCAUUAUGCAAAUUGUUAAUGUGUAAUUUCAUUAGAGCAAAUUCAUCAGCUAGAAGUUACAAACAAUUUCUGUAGAUUCUUUUUUGUACAAAAUUAAUAAGUCAAUCGUUAGAACUACAGGCGCAUCGAAAAAAAUAAAAAAUUGAACCGAAAAUUCAAUUAAUGUUAAAUAGUUUCAAUUCUCGCAUAAUGUCAAGCAAAACAGUUCAAUUGCAUAAAACUGUUAAUGAACACAAAGAAGAACGAUCUUAUUUAUAUAACUACUAGGAGAAAUAUUAAAUUAUGAUUAAUGAGCCAUCAUUAAACGUCUUUUCUGUCCAAGUAAGAUAAAAAUGGAGAGCCUGUGACAAUUGCCGGAAUCGCAUUUGAUGAUACCAAAAAAUGGGAGACGAUUUACAAUUAAACAAUUAUUGGUGUGGAACAUUCUGAACAAAA